AUGGGCGAGCACCCCAGCCCGGGCCCCGCAGUGGCCGCCUGUGCCGAGGCGGAGCGCAUCGAGGAGCUGGAACCCGAGGCCGAGGAGCGGCCGCCGGCUGCGCCGGAAGACCACUGGAAAGUCCUGUUUGAUCAGUUUGACCCUGGGAACACAGGCUACAUCAGCACAGGCAAGUUCCGGAGCCUCCUGGAGAGCCAUGGCUCCAAGCUGGACCCGCACAAAAGGGAGGUGCUCCUGGCUCUCACCGACAGCCAUGCAGACGGGCAGAUCUGCUACCAGGAUUUUGUCAGCCUGAUGAGCAACAAGCGGUCCAACAGCUUCCGCCAGGCCAUCCUGCAGGGGAACCGCAGGCUGUGCAGCAAAGCCCUACUGGAGGAGAAAGGGCUGAACCUCUCCCAGCGGCUGAUCCGCCACGUGGCCUACGAGACCCUGCCCCGGGAGAUUGACCGGAAGUGGUACUACGACAGUUACACCUGCUGCCCCCCGCCCUGGUUUAUGAUCACAGUCACACUGCUGGAGGUUGCCUUUUUCCUCUACAAUGGAGUAUCGCUGGACCAAUUCGUGCUGCAGGUAACCCAUCCGCGGUACCUGAAGAACUCCCUGGUUUACCACCCGCAGCUCCGAGCGCAGGCGUGGCGCUACCUGACGUACAUCUUCAUGCAUGCGGGGAUAGAACACCUGGGACUCAACGUGGUGCUGCAGCUCCUUGUGGGGGUGCCCUUGGAGAUGGUGCAUGGAGCAACCCGUAUUGGGCUUGUCUACGUGGCUGGUGUUGUGGCAGGGUCCUUGGCGGUGUCUGUGGCUGACAUGACUGCACCGGUCGUGGGCUCCUCUGGAGGGGUGUAUGCACUCGUCUCUGCCCAUCUGGCCAACAUCGUGAUGAACUGGUCAGGCAUGAAGUGUCAAUUCAAGCUGCUGCGGAUGGCUGUGGCCUUGAUCUGUAUGAGCAUGGAGUUCGGGCGGGCCGUGUGGCUCCGGUUCCACCCAUCGGCCUACCCCCCGUGCCCUCACCCCAGCUUUGUGGCACACUUGGGCGGCGUGGCUGUGGGCAUCACCUUGGGCGUGGUGGUCUUGAGGAACUACGAGCAGAGGCUGCAGGACCAGUCACUGUGGUGGAUCUUUGUGGCCAUGUACACGGUCUUUGUGCUGUUCGCUGUUUUCUGGAACAUCUUCGCCUACACCCUGCUGGACUUAAAGCUGCCACCCCCUCCUUAA